CUUAUCCAAACAUAGAACACCAAAAAGACGUUUACAGUUGCAGGUACAACUGAAGGUGAUGAUGGUAGACAUCUUCGAACUCCAUACAUCUAUGGGUGUAUGUAUAGGUGCCCAUAACCCCACCCUUCGCUUACCUCCUUCUUCCCGGUGCACGAAACUCGGAACCAAACCCAGUGCUGCAACUAUCCCUUAUUCUUACUCGACAAAAGGUCGAACACUUGGUGUGCAGGUUUUGCAGACCGAAACAAAACGAGAUGAAAACGAUAAUAUUAUGAUCAAGAAGAAGAACAAGAAAAGGGUUUUCUUUUUGGAUGUGAAUCCAAUUAGUUAUAAUGGUAGUACACCGAGUUUACAUUCGUUUGCUCACUGGAUUUCGCUUUUUUUCUCUCAAGUUAGCCUUACUGACCCUGUUAUUGCGGUUUUUGAUGGAGAAGGAGCGCAUGAGCAUAGGAGACGGAUUUUGCCUUCAUAUAAAGCACACAGAAGAAAAUUCAUGCCAUGGAUAUCUGCUACCCGAGAAGCAGCAAAGAGUCCAGUAGGAAAAUCGCAUCGACUCAUUUCAGAAACACUUACUAAAUGUAAUGUGCCGAUUGUGAAGGUUCCAGCUCAAGAAGCAGACGACGUUGUGGCAACACUGGUUGAACAAGUUGUUGAAAAGGGAUACCGUGCUGUUAUUGCUUCUCCUGACAAAGAUUUCAAGCAACUUAUAUGUGAAGACGUGCAGCUCGUUAUGCCUCUUCCAGAAUUGAAAAGAUGGUCCUUUUAUACGUUGGACCACUACAUAACUCAGUACAAGUGUGACCCGCUUUCUGAUUUAAGUCUCAGGUGCAUUGUGGGUGAUGAAGCCGAUGGUGUUCCCGGAAUUCAGCAUUUGGUACCUGGUUUUGGCAUGAAAACCGCCUUGAAACUUUUGAAGAAACAUGGUUCAUUAGAAAAUCUGCUCAAUGCUGCAGCUACAAGAACCGUUGGCAAACCGUAUGUCCAAGAUGCCCUUACAAAGCAUGCUAGCCACUUUCGAAGAAACUACGAGCUUCUUUCCUUGAGGAGGGAUGUUAACAUUAGGCUACAGGAAGACUGGUUGCAUAAGAGAUGCACGGAUAAUGAUUUGGAAACUAUGUCAAACUUUCGUGAUUUGUUAGCAGGAACUCAACGGUGAAAGAGGCCUUCCAACUUUGAGUGAUAUUUACCUCACUUAUAAAUGAAAAAACCGCGUGGUAGAUUCUUGGGAUGCAAGGAAGUCGGGUUGUUAUCUACCUGGAUCGAGUCAAACUUUAUUGCUGACUUCGAUUUAUAUGAACUCGACUCGGUUUUUUAGUUAGAUGUCUAUUCCUUAUUGUUGCCUUCUGGACCGAUCCGGCUCAUAGCUGCUGCUAAAAGUAGAUGUACCCAACUGAGGUAAAUAUCUUUAUUUUUCUUAAUUUUCUCCUAUAAAGAACAAUUAAAUUAUUCAUGUGA